UAGCAAUCGGCACGAACUUUCAAAGCAAGAUCUAAAUUAUUUUUCGAAUCAUUAAUAAAUACCCAAUUCCCAAUGAUUUCGAUUGCUCAGUGGCUGACUUCCUUUUCAGCCGGAGCUUUGGCCUCUGCACAGGCGAUUCGUUUUCUAAAAACCGCCAACGAGGGGGAGUCGCCCGCCAAAAUUUCAAACCAGCUGGAAACCGCGGCCAUCGACGGACUGCCCACCGAGCAACCGAAGAUCCUGGGCUCCGAGCGGAUCAGCAAUGUCCUGCAGCACGUGCUGAGCAGCGAGCGCAACGCGAGUGGCGUCUACUUGGACGCCAUGCACAACCGCAGUGCCAACAAGCAGGAGUACGCCCUGGGCUCCGAGUCGCUCAACCAAAUGCUGGAGGACAUCAUGACCCCCGCUGGGAGUGUGAGCAGCAGGUCCUUGUCCGUGGAGCCCGCCGUCGAUGCUUAGGAGCUGCCCCAAGCCACAAGCCGCAUGAAAUCACGAACCAAAUGAGCUUGUAAGAUAUAUAGGCUAACGUGGUCUAAAUUGCUUAUCUCCUCAUCCUUGCCAGUAAAAUGUAAUCCCACUUUAAA